UGCUAAUAUGGUUGUGAAUAGAUGCUUUGACCGCAACAAAAUGUAUGGAGUAGGAGGUUCUUACGAAUAGGUUAUAUAUUUAAAGUAUUUAUCAUUCUAAUAAAUGUCGAUUCAUCAUAAUUAAUUGCAAACAGUGGUUAGUACUGUGAAAGACGUAGUUACAACAUGCGACAAUGAAGAAAUUCAACGAAUUAUUCACAGUCUGUUUCUUAUUACACUAUUUAUAUAGUGUUUGUACGACUCAUUUGCUCAUAAAUGUUAAAAAUCAGGGUGGUGAUAUCCUAUUAGAAACAAUUUCUUCUAAUGUUACUGAAGAUGUUAUUACCUUAGAAUUUCAGUGUUCAGAUGGUACUUUAGUGACACAACUCAUUGACUUCAAAAAUGAAGUACAAAUAAUAAAAGCCUUGGUUCUUGGUGAAGAAGAACGUGGUCAGAAUCAAUAUCAAGUUUUAUGCUUUGUCAAUCAUUUUUUCAAAGUGGAUUUUAUAUCGUCUGACGCAAUGUCUAAAUUAAGGCAAAAAAAUCCAGGCACUGUACGGGUUGCAGAAGAAGAUAAAGGUCAUGUGAACUAUACCAUGGAUUUAUUCCUAGAUGUAUCUGAAUCCAAAGAUAUUUCUAAACACAUUGCUACUCUUUGUGGAGAAGCAGCCGGAUCUGCUUAUACCAGAAAUGAAGAUAUAAAGCAAUGGAUUCAAAGGCCUGGCUCAUCUGAACUAUCGCUCAUGGCAGCUGUGUACAACUUCAGCACAAAUUCUCUAACGCAACAAGGUACAAAUGAUUCAAGAUCAUUAUUUGUAACACGAUGUGCAGAUACAUCAAAUAUGUGGGCACCUUGUACAUGUUCAUUAGAAUUAUGUAUUGGUUGGUAUCCGUGUGGUUUAAAAUUUUGCAAAGGCAAAGGUGAUGGCAAAAAAGCAGCCACUCCAUAUAAAUGUGGUAUUAAAACUUGUAAAAAAUGUUUUAUAUUCUCAUACUAUUCUAAAAUGAAGCAAAAUUGUUUAUGGGAUGAAUGACACAUAAGAACGUUGUAGAUAUAUAGGUUUUAAUUUAUGAAAGAGGGUAACGUUAUUCAGAUAAUCAAGAAGUAUAAUUAUCUCUUAUAUAUUAAUUUAUCAUUUCUACAUUAACAAAAAUCAUGUACCUAGAAUGUAAUCUCAAAUUGUUUAAUUUCUUUUUUAAGAUUGCAUUUAUAUUGAGAAUCGUAAAUGUUUAAAGAAGUAAACACUCUUAUGUCCCUUUAACAAGUCAUCAUUGAUCUCAUCAAAUUUCUAAUCUCAUUUUGUGUAUACAUAUCAGUUAUUAAUUAUGCUCGCUUUUAUCAGGGUAUAUUGACUUGCCUAUUAUAAUAAUAUUUUGGAACAAGUUCAUUUCAAACAAUCUUUGAAACCAGUCGUUUUCAAUUUUAUGUCAAUAUGUUAAAUGUAUAAUUCCUAUAUUCUCUUUCACAGUAUCUAUUCGAGAAAGUAAACUAGAAUGGAUAAGAUAAUUUAGACUCAAUCUUCAUAAAAUUUUUAGAUUUGUCCUGUUCAUUAAUCGACUUUCUAAUACCGUACAAUGUCACUUGUAAACCCUCUCACUAGCAAUAAGACAAAUGAAAAACAUGAUUUAAAAUUGAAUCAAAAACACAAAAUAUCAUCUUCACGACUUGACAUUAAUUACAUGCUUUCUAAAUACCAGUGUUUUUUUUACAAAAUACAUGAUCGGUAUUCGGGGGUUCCAUAAUGAAGAGAACAGGAUGAAAGAAAGUUCUCGGUACAUGUAAUAGGGCGUCGAACUGUUUUAGAUAAAUUCUUACUUUUAUAGACUGUACUGAAUGGAUGCAUUUGUAACAGUGAUAUUUGUACUUUACUAGAAUAACUUUGUAGGAAAAACAAGAGAAGAA